GCUGAAGCACACUGCACAUUUAGCUUGCUCAGCGCUGGCGCUCUUCAACGGCAAACUUUUGCGCCCCAUAUCCUUUGCAGUGAAGUCUCCCUUGGAGCUCUACGCGUGAGCUUUCAUUGUCUCCAACGUCGGCAAGGACGCGCCAUUCAGGAUGGUCAGCUCCUGUCAACCGAUACGGGAUGAUCUGGCAGCGUGCCUCUUGGCUUCAGAUUGCGUCGUCAAAGAAGGCAACUCGCCCAAAGACUGCUUGCAGAGCCAUCUUCGCGACUUGCCAAUGGACUGCCAGCACUUGUAUAAAAGCUAUGUUGAGUGCCGCAGAGGGCUACUCGACAUGAGGAAGCGAUUUCGUGGAAUGGCUCCUACUCCAGGGCGAUCCAAUCUUGCGCCAGGAAGCACUACAAACGUCGAGACCGCCGCAUCGUCUGGUACCGAUGCAUCACAGCAAGUGCCGCCGUAGACUGUUGAAGCCACACGCUUUCCGCUACCACCAAACCGUAUUGCCGUCGCCUCGAUCCCGCACCACAAGGCGGCCGCCUGUGCUAGACCUCAGCAUUGACAUGUCGCAGGCAUCCUGGCGAAGAUGCAAUGACUACGUCGUCACGUCACGAAGAACACGUCCUCAGAGGAUGCUGACCAGCAUGAGUGCGACCUGUGUCUCGUUCUUCGCAUGCGUCGAUACAGGCCCAUGGCGCACUGUCCUCUCUCUAGCGCCUUGUCGCCAGAUUCAAAGCAAAUUUGUUGGCAGGGGGCACACCGCAGGCACAUUGGGGCAGUUGGAAGCUCUAUGAAGCCGAUGCUGUCUUGAAAGACUAUGAAAUGCACUACACGCGACUUGGUUAAUUGCAAGCAAUGCAUGUCAUGUCAAAC